UGCUGCUGCGAGGCCACCUGAGCUCAUGGCCUGGCUUGUCCCAGGAGCCUGGACCAUCCCCUGGGUCCCACUCAGGGACUUGGAGCAGGGCUGUCAAGGAACAUAGCCCUGGGGUGGCCUGGAGAUAUCUCUGAGCUGGUUGUGCAUCCUCAUGGUGCCCGUCUCCUUGUGGUGCCCAUGUCCUCAUGGUGCCCAUGUCCUUUUGAUGUCCAUGUCCUCAUGGUGCCCAUGUACUCGUGGUGCCCAUGUCCUUGUGGUGCCCACCUCAUGGUGCCCAUGUCUUCACAGUAGCCUUGUCCUCAUGGUACCCAUCUCCUCAUGCUUGCCAUGUCCUUGUGGUACUCAUGUCUUCACCCUACCACAUCCUCAUGGUACCCACACCCUCACACGUACCCAUCAGUGUUUCCAGUCAAACUGGGCUGUCUGGGGCAGGGAAGGACCAUCCUCACAGAGAUGAGAUGUCACCAAGGGUGGUGGCUUUGCAGGCUGAAUGUGCAGAGCCACCAGCACCUUGUUGCCAGCCUGCAGGAGCCUCGCUGGGCCCCAGGGCAGCAGAGGAGGAGGAAGGUGCUGUGUCCUCCUGCCUCACUCACCUGGCCACCACAUCUCCUGGCCAAAUCCAACCCAACCCUUUCCCAGGGUGGUGGGAGGGGAGGAGGAGCAGCAGUGGGACUGUCCAAACAUCCCAGAGAGGGCAUGGAUGUGGAGAUGGAGGGUGGGCAGCCCUGUGGGACAUGCUGGGGACAUUCCAGCAGGAUAAGGGGGACAUUGGCUUUCAGCUGGGUUUGGAGCUGGCAAGGUCCUCAUCUGCAGUGGGGUCACUGGGAGCAGGUGCUGGAAUCCCAGGGUGGAGGUUGCCCAGGGAGGUAUCCACACCAUCAGGCUUUUCCAGAGAAACCAGUGUCAAACCUUCCAGCCCCAGAGCCUGGUGGACACAGAUCCCAUCUCCGUGCUUAGUUGUUAAUGGUCAACUUGGAAUCAUGCUCAUCGUGGUGGAGGUUGAGCAGAUCAGCAGGGUCCUGCCCUGCCUGGCUGGCCCUGAAGGCCACCAGCAACAUCCAGAUGCCACAGAAGAUGCCAAGGAGUCCAAACUCCCCGUUCCCCUGUGCCUCACCUGGGUGCAAACAUCUGGGUGGCUGAGCAGGGUCCCUCCCUCCCCUCCUCACCACAGUGACACCAUCGUGCUUGUUCUCAUAGAAUCAUGGAAUGGUUUGGGUUGGAAGGGACCUUAAAGAUCAUCUAGAUCCAACCCCCCUGCAUGGGCAGGGACACCUCCCACCAGCCCAGGCUGCUCCAAGCCCCAUCCAACCUGCCCUUCAACACUGCCAGGGAUGGGGCAGCCACAGCUUCCCUGGGCAACCUGGGCCAGGCUCUCACCACCCUCACAGGGAAGAACUUUUUCCCAGUGUCCAACCUGAAUCUCCCCUCUUGAAGCUUUAGACCAUUGUCCCUUGUCCUCUCACUACACACCUGUGUAAAAAGCCCCACCCCAGGUUUCUUGUAGGCCCCUUCAGAUAUUGGAGAGUUGCUCUAAGGUCACCAAGGAGCCUCCUCCAGGCUGAACACCCCAAUUCUCCCAGCCUGGCUCCAGAGCAGAGCUGCUCCAGCCCUCUGAUCAUCUUCAUGGCCUCCUCUGGACUUUCUCCAGGAGCUCCAUGGCCUUCUUAUGUUGGGGACUCCUGAACUGGACCCAGUUCUUCAGGGGGGGUCUCACCAGAGCAGAGUAGAGGGGGAACAGGACAACAUCCCCAGGGAACUGGUGUUCCCUCAAAAAAAGACCCUGGGGGCUCUGGAAAGGGCAGCAGGUGGGACUGGGCUCCUCUGGCAGCAGCUAGAACGUCCAUGCCCUGCAGAUCCAGGCUUUUGAGUUGUUUGAUCUCAUUUUUUGUUUGCUUUUCAAUUCCUCCUGCUGGGGGAGGUUUGUGCAGCAGGAAAGCAGCUCUCGACCAACAUCCUCAGCCUGGCUUCCUGCCCACCCCAGGGGACAACCAGCUGCCCAGGUCACGCUGUCCCUCACCACAGGAUGUGGCUGAAAUGCCUCCUCACAAUGAUCCCAGCCAGGCAGGGGGAUGUUCUCCUGUUCCUCACUUCCUCCAGGCAGGGGGAUGUUCUCCUCACUUCCUCCAGCUGCUUUUCUGGCAGGUGGAGGUGGCAGAUGCUGCUGGUCAGUGUCUGAGCUCAGAAACAUUCAGGGUGUCUGAAGGGGCCUACAAGAAAGCUGGGGAGGGGCUUUUUAGGAUGUGGGG